UGAUAUUGUUGAAUAAUUAUUCAUUAUUAUUAUUAUUUCAUUAUUUCAGUUCACUCUAAACAUCUUUCAUAUUUAAUGAGAUAUUUAGCCCUGAACUGAUUCAUCAGUCUGAUCAUAACGAUGAUUAUUUUAACAUUUGCCUGGAGGAUUUAAUUUAAUCACACACACACAUCAAGGUGAAGUUGGUUUCAGUUGUAGUUUCACCCCGCCCACUGCUGCAGGUAUAAGAGAGCGACAGACAGCUCCAGAGAGACAGACAGCUGUGAGAGGAACACUGUGGAGUUAUUAAUUCUGUGAAACUCCACUUGAUUUUAUUGGAUUAUUAUUAUGACUCUCGGAGAUGUUAGGAGUUGCAGCUGCUCUCACACACAGACAGAGGGUGUGGCUGAUGCUCUGUUGGAGUUGCUUUCAGCAGCGAGGCAUCAGGACUGUGUCACGCUUGGAGUUUACGAAGCUGCACAACUGCUGAAUGUGGAUCCGGACAGUGUGGUUCUGUGUGUUCUAGCAGCUGAUGAGGAACACGAGGGUGAUGUCGCCCUGCAGAUCCACUUCACGCUCCUGCAGGCAUUCUGUCGUGAGAUCCACAUCGACGCACUGCGUGUCAGCGGAAUGAGACGUCUGGCCGAGACGCUGGGAGAACCGCCCACCUCUGAAGGGCCUGCCCAGGCACCCAUAGAUCUGCACUGCAUCUUGGUUACGAACCUGCAGGUUGAACACAAGAAGUUGAGUGAAGUGGGUCGGUUCUGCAGGGAGAACCUCUGCAAGAACCAGUGGAUUCCUCACAUCAGCCUUCACGAGCAUUGAGGAGCAACCGAACACAAGUAAUUAACUCUGCAACUAAGGCGUCAGACCUCGGGAAUGCGUGAGGACAGAACGAUCUGCACACGAGUGCUGUGGAUAACGGAGAAACCUUUGUGUGAUAUUAUUUUGCCCUAUAGGUGGCGCUGUGGCGCUCUAUCUUGUUGUAUGAAAAAGCAGCGGUUUAUUUGGUGUUUACAGUGGCCGUGCUACUUCUGUAUUUACUGUAAUGCCACCCUGAAUCUUGUAUCUAUGCUAGCAUAAAUUAGCAUUAGCUUAUCACUAGCAAUCAGAGAAAACAAAUCAAAGAAUCCUUAUAACCUAAAUGACAAAGUUUCUGUACACUGA